GCUUGUAAUAUGAUGCUUGUAUGACUUAUUUUAUUUGUAGAGUUGUGUUCUGAUAUCUUCCCAUGAGUUCCUGAUCUUGAUCGUACAUGUUUGCGUGUAUGAUUAGUGUACGAUUGAUUCGGGGGUGUCACAAUGUUACUUUGAGCAAACGUACAUUAGCCCCCAAGUGUCAAGAAUAAUACUUUGUAUUGUGCUUGAAACUUGUUAAAAAAAUCUGAUAAUCAAGCAAAUAGGCAUUAGCCCUCAAGUGCCAAGUGUAUAACUUGUUAUGUGCUUGGGACUUCCAAAUUAUACUGCUGCUUCAUAAUAUGUCUUUCUCUUACAAGCUGAGCUGAGCAAAAAGGAAGCCCAAAUCGCCGACUUUCAAGAAAAUAUCAAAACCCAGCAAGCAGAGACCUCCAAGGCCAAAGAAGAACUGACCAGCGCUUUAAUAGCCAUGGAGAAUCUGAAUGAAACUUUGAAGAAGGAACGGGCAGACAGGGGCAUAGAAAAAUCCGCUUUACAAAAGAGAGCCGAAGACAUAGAGGCAGCCCUUAAACCGGUGGUCAAAGAACUGACCGGUUUAAAGCGGCAGAUCAAUGCCAUGACCUCUGUUGUUUUUGGAACCCGCAUUACCCACCUAGGCUCUGACAUGCGGAUGAAGCUGAAAGCUGCCUAUACACUGAUAGAGCAGUUAUAUUCCGGAGCUCAACGGGCCAUCUGCACUGCUGCGCAUAACAAACCGCCUCCAACUUUGAUAAAGGAGACCAUUGAGAAAUUGUCAAUGUUGCUUGCCCGUCUGGAUGAGUUAAAGAGAUCAGGUGCAAGGGCUGGUGCGCUGACUGCACUAAUGUGGGUGAAGGCAUGGAUACCGGAUCUUGACUCGUCGGAUAUUGGCAGAGGCUAUCCUGGCAUAAAAUAGGACGGCUCCGAGUUUAACAUUGACGAUCUUCGGAGGCUGACAAAAGAAAUGCGCCGUAUAGCGAGCAAAUUGGCCGCAGAAACAGAUCUCUCUCACUACCAGCCGGUUUAUGAUGCUGAUCACAAAAGACUUCCCGCGCCAACACAUGAUGUAGAACAUCUUACGCCGCCAAUCCGUAAGCAUACCUAUGCCCCUGAUGUUGACCCCUCAAACCUUAUAAGUGAUGAAGCUAUGUUCCAAGCCUUGAUUGGAAUCGAUUGGUCAACCAUUGACUUCCAGCCACUGGGUAGAGAGGAGGAAGACGCACCGGCACAGGACGAUCCACAGCCUUCAACUCAGCCCGGUGAUGAGUCAUGAACCGGAGGCCGGUUUAACCUGUCGCAGCCUGCCUCUCUUGCUGAAACAAUUAUUCUAUGUGGGCAUUAAAGCGCCUUGUAAUAUGCUAGUUCAAACACUUGUCUGUUAUGCCAUCGAGCAUACUUGUUUUUCUUGAUACUGAUAACUCGCCAUGCUUUUGGGAUCUAUUAUAUGCAUAA